AUGGAAAGCUCCUACAGUUCAGCCAUGCCGAUGGAGACCGACACGAUGUCGCAGUUCCUCGGAGGCGACCACCACUGCUUCGCCUACGAGCAGCAGGACGAGUCCAUGGAGGCAAUGGCGGCCAUGUUCUUGCCUGCCCUCGACACCGACUCCAACUCCUCCUCUAGCUGCCUCAACUACGAGGUGUCUCCACAAUGCUGGCCACAGCCUCAGCCUCAGCCCGGCCACAGUUCCAGCGUCACCAGUUUCCUUGAUCCGGGCCACGGCUACGAGAGCUUUGAGUUCCCGGUUAUGGACCCCUUCCCGCAUUCCGAAUUCCAGUCCCAUUGCACCGACAUCCCCUACCUCGGCGGCGGCGGCGAGGAUCUGAGUCCUCUAGACAGCAACUGUGCACCAGCCGCAGGUGAAGAAGCAGCGAAUGAUCAUAUACCUGUGACUAACAAGAGGAAGUCCAGAGCUGCCACCACGGCAUCAAAGAAGGCCAAAAAGGCUGGCAAAAAGGAUUUCACCAGCAACGACAUCGAAGGCGACGACACCUAUGUCAUCGAUCCUCAAAGCUCCAGCAGCUGCACCUCAGAAGAUGGGGAUUUGGAUGGCAACACCAAGUCGAGCUCCAAGAAGACAGGCACCAGAGCCAGCCGUGGAGCAGCAACUGAUCCUCAGAGCCUCUAUGCAAGGAAAAGGAGAGAGAGGAUCAAUGAAAGAUUGAAAACCCUGCAGAACUUGGUUCCCAAUGGAACAAAGGUUGACAUCAGUACAAUGCUAGAGGAAGCAGUGGAGUAUGUUAAGUUUAUGCAGCUUCAGAUUAAGUUGUUGAGCUCCGACGACAUGUGGAUGUACGCACCCCUCGCUUACAAUGGGAUUAACGUCAGCAGUCUUGAGAUGCACAUCGCUGCUCUGCAAAAAUAA